ACACCGGUUCAUCGAUCAUUUACAAGGUCCAUCCCUGUGUACAAUAUGUGCGUCGCCAUUAUUUGCUCGUGCACGUUGCAGCUUUAUAUCGGAAUCUGAGGCUUUCAGUGCAAUAAGGUUUCACAUCCAUGAAUUGCUAUUUUUAAGCCAAACAGUAAUGUAAUCUAUAUGCCUCUAUGAGAAAACCGGAAAACAACUGCGCGUGCCUGUGCGUUUUUUGGCACAUCUCUCUCUCUUUUUUUUUUUUUUUGUAUCUUCCUCUUCUGAUGUCGCAAUCGACCUCUGAGUAGCUCCAGGCGGUGCAUCGUGAAGAAUCAGGGCAGAGGGAGCUCCGGGGCUGCGGCCGAAUCGACCGUUUCAUGUGCGCAGCUGCACGCAAAGGGGACCGAGAGCUGCAGCAUCAACACCACCAGAGAGCACCAGCUUCUUUUACCGCAUCCUCCACCGGGACGCUGCUCCAUCCAGGCUGCCGCUACUGCUGCGGCGCGUUACCCGCAAGAGGAGCCACCACGGAGACCAAGAGCUUGGAGUGAUGGUGCCGGGAUUUUAACCGUGGGGGGGGGGGGGGACAUUGAGACAAGGGCGAGUUGUAGCCUCUCAUAGCGGACUGCGGCGGUCUUUCGGUCGGUCAUGGUCGGACGCGGACUCUGGGUAUGUAAGCCCCGGUUUGGCAAGCGAGGCAGCCGGCUCGGCGUUCUUCCCUAUCUGUGCGCGGCGGCGGCGACCGCGGCCCUGCUGGCGCUGCUCUUCGUGGACCUCAUCGAGUCAUGGGUCACCUCCAUCGGCAUGAACACGGCGGUGGAGCCGCACGCGGGCAUCAUCCCCCCGCAGAGCGUGCCCCCGACCCGGCCCGAGGAGUUCCUGCUCAUGCCCAGCCCGCUCGUGUGCCAGCGUGCCAAGCCUUACCUCAUCACCAUGGUCAUCUCGGCGCCGGCCAACCAGAGGGCGCGCCAGGCCGUCAGGGACACCUGGGGAGGGGAGGUGGAGGUGAGGGGCCUGCGGGUCAUGACCCUCUUCAUGGUGGGCGUGGCGUCUGACCCCGGCCUGGCCAAGCUGCUGAUAGAGGAGGCCAGGGAGCGAGGGGACCUGAUCCAGGGCCGUUUUCUGGACUCCUACUCCAACCUCACCUUGAAGACCCUGUCCAUGCUGGGCUGGGCCCGCCGCUUCUGCCCCCAGGCUCACUUCAUGGCCAAAGUGGACGACGACGUCCUGUUCAACCCCAGCGCCCUCCUGCACUUCCUGAACAAGAGCCGGAACCCCUACGAACAGGGCGACCUGUACCUGGGCAGGGUGCACCUCCACGUGGCCCCGGACCGCGACCCGGAGAGCAAGCACUACCUCCCCUCGGGGGCCUACCCUCCCUCGGUGUUCCCGGACUAUUGCAGCGGCACAGCCUACGUGUUGUCCCGCUCCGCGUUGCUGAAGAUCUCCCUGGCGGCCUCCGCGUCGCCCCUGUCCACGCCUCUGCCCCCCGAGGACGUGUUCGUCGGCCUGUGCGCACGGACCGCCGGCGUGCUGCCCUCGCACUGCCCUCUCUUCUCCGGGGGCCCCGGCGUGCCGUACGGCCGCUGCUGCUACCAGGCCAUGGUGUCCGUCCACCACGUCCCGCCCAGGGAGAUGCUGCACUACUGGGCCGGCGUGCACACGUCGCUGCCUUGCUCCUGGCUGAGUCUGCGCGCCUCUCUGGGGCUCUGCAAGGUCAGGGCCAUGCUGGGGAGCGCUCUGGGCCUGGAGCAGGGCUUGUGAUGGGGGGGGUGCGGGGGGGGGGGGGAGACCUGGACUCACUGGGGGAGAGGGGGGGGGGCAGUGCCUUGCUUCAAAUACUGUGAACGGCACAAGUGCUCUUCAGGCUGUAAAAUGUCCCUUUAUUUCAUUAGAGCUUUAUUUUUUUAUAAUAUUUAUUCAGCUUUUUUUCCUUUCUUUUUUUGUGUGCAGAAAAUACGGUUAUGUGAAGAAUGAUCAGGGUAGUCUUUAUUACACCGACACAUGUUGUAGACGUAGAUCAACAUCAGCCACUGAUGAGGACCACACACCUCAUGUAACACCUGCAGCCCGUCGCCACGCAGGUGGUACAUGAGUCUAGAUGCGAGUCCAUUAAGACGCCCUAAAGUGCACGAUGCUCCAAAUAGUACAAAAACAACAGGCUUCAUACACCCAGUAGGGAGGAAUAAUACAUGUAAAAUAUUCGCAGAAACCUUUUAAUGUUCAAAACAGAAAAGGAACUUUUAAGCAUUGUGUGUUUUUUCCUCCUGUAAGAAUAACGUUAAGUGCAGAAUAUGGGAGAAAGUUCUUCCCAUAUUCUGAGGCUCGGAUUAAAAUACACAACUGAUGUGACGCACAGCUAGAACCCUAUACCGAGUAGUAUUUAUGAUCUAUUUAUGCCCUUCCUCUGUACUAGUUACACAUUAAGUAGAGUGGCAAAUGACACGAGAGCGUAUUCUAAAAAAAGAAAAAGAGUGCACAAUGUGUCAGGCUAAGUAAUGCCUCGGGCUGUGUCUGCACACACACACACACGCACACACACACACACAAUGUGCAGAGAGACAUGUUUGAAUAUGUUUGAAUCAAAUGCGGUCACAAAUAAAACGCUCUGUAUCAUAUAGGA